ACAAACAUAGCGAAACCCCACACAACACAACGCAACACUCUCUUCCAAAAUACCCAGAGAGGCGUCUUAAUAAACGCAUCUCUGCCUCCGAUCCCAUCGCCCAAACAUGAGAGAAUGCAUUUCCAUCCACAUUGGCCAGGCCGGCAUUCAGGUCGGCAACGCCUGCUGGGAGCUUUACUGCCUCGAACACGGCAUUCAGCCUGAUGGACAGAUGCCGAGUGACAAGACCGUUGGAGGAGGUGAUGACGCAUUCAACACCUUCUUCAGCGAGACCGGGGCUGGAAAGCACGUUCCUCGUGCCAUUUUCGUAGAUCUUGAGCCCACUGUCAUCGAUGAAGUUAGGACCGGGACCUACCGUCAACUCUUCCACCCUGAGCAACUCAUUAGCGGAAAGGAGGAUGCAGCCAACAACUUCGCUCGUGGCCACUAUACCAUCGGAAAAGAGAUUGUUGAGCUUUGCUUGGACCGCAUCAGAAAGCUUGCCGACAACUGCACCGGUCUUCAAGGUUUUCUGGUUUUUAAUGCUGUGGGUGGAGGCACUGGCUCUGGUCUUGGUUCCCUUUUGCUGGAACGUCUUUCGGUCGACUUUGGCAAGAAGUCCAAGCUUGGGUUCACUGUCUACCCUUCGCCCCAAGUUUCAACCUCUGUUGUUGAGCCUUACAACAGUGUCCUCUCCACCCAUUCGCUCCUCGAGCACACUGAUGUCGCUGUCCUGCUCGACAAUGAGGCUAUUUACGACAUUUGCAGGCGUUCCCUUGACAUCGAGAGGCCAACCUACACUAACCUGAAUCGUUUAGUUUCUCAGGUGAUAUCCUCACUGACUGCUUCCCUGAGGUUUGAUGGUGCCUUGAAUGUUGAUGUCAAUGAAUUCCAGACUAACCUGGUGCCAUACCCCAGAAUUCACUUUAUGCUUUCAUCUUAUGCUCCUGUGAUAUCAGCUGAGAAGGCUCACCAUGAGCAGCUAUCGGUUGCGGAAAUCACCAACAGUGCAUUUGAACCGUCCUCUAUGAUGGCCAAGUGUGACCCUCGCCAUGGGAAAUACAUGGCUUGCUGUCUGAUGUACAGGGGUGAUGUGGUGCCUAAAGAUGUUAAUGCAGCUGUGGGUAUUAUCAAGACCAAGCGCACUAUCCAAUUUGUGGACUGGUGCCCCACUGGGUUCAAGUGUGGAAUCAAUUACCAGCCUCCAACCGUUGUUCCGGGUGGUGAUCUUGCCAAGGUGCAGAGGGCUGUGUGCAUGAUCUCCAACUCCACCAGUGUUGUUGAGGUAUUUUCUCGCAUUGACCACAAAUUUGACCUCAUGUACGCCAAGAGGGCGUUUGUGCAUUGGUAUGUUGGUGAGGGUAUGGAAGAGGGUGAGUUCUCUGAGGCUCGUGAAGAUCUGGCUGCCCUCGAGAAAGACUAUGAGGAAGUCGGUGCAGAGGCUACUGAAGGUGAAGACGGCGAAGAUGGAGAGGAUUAUUGAUGACGAGAAGUUCAGAUUGCUCUGUUAUGAUGUUACUUAUCUGUGUUACUUUUAUUCUAUGCUUCUAUGAUUGUUCAUUUGGUUGUUGAACUUGAUUUGUUUUGGUAUUCGAUGUUUUUAUGAUCGUGACUUCUCGUUACUUUUGGAAAUGGAUUUUUCAUCUCUGAAUUUUUUGUGGUAA